CACCGCUCUGCUACUGGACCAGGAGGAGAGUGGGCGACUAGGAGAGAGUCCGCCGAGUCCUCAAACACCUGUCAGGUUAGACUCCCAUCCAGCUGCUGCGUCCUCAAGAACCAGAUGUUAUUACUAGGUCCGAUUGUGUUUACUGUCGCUCUUUGUGUUUCUAUGCUUAUGCUGUAUUAUUUUAAUCCAAGCCGUAUGAGUUCGCCGCUGGUUUUGAGUCAGCUGGUCGGGGUUCCCUUAGAAAUGAUGCCCCCCACCAUGGAGAAGGACACAACUUACACCAAGAUCUUCGUGGGAGGGCUGCCGUACCACACCAGCGACGCUUCGCUGAGGAAAUAUUUCGAGACUUUCGGGGACAUUGACGAAGCGGUGGUGAUCACGGACAAGCAGACUGGGAAGUCGAGAGGAUACGGCUUUGUGACCAUGGUGGACGGAGGAGCAGCAGAGCGGGCGUGCAAGGACGCCAACCCCAUCAUUGACGGCAGGAAGGCUAAUGUGAACCUGGCUUAUCUUGGUGCUAAGCCUCGCAGCACGCAGACGUCUGUUACAGUUGGAGUUCAGCAGGUCCAUCCUACGUGGGCUCAGAGGCAGUACGGGUUCACGCAGCAUUACAUCUACCCCCAGGCGUUUGUCCAGCCCAGCCUCCUGCUUCAGUCUCACCUCAGCCCUGCAGCGACAGCUCUCACCCCCCCCUACCUGGAGUACAGCCCCUAUGCCCCCUCAGGACUGGAGCAGUACCCGUACGCCCCUUCACCCUCACCCUCCAGUGGCUUCCUCAGCUACAGUUUCCCCACUGGCACACAGACGCCCGCUCUCACCGCCUCCCCAACGCCUCCUGCAGCCCUCCACCCUCCUCUGGCUGCUCUGACACCACAGGCCUUCCUCCACUGGCCUCUCCACCAGCCCGACCAUAUUCAAAGUGAAUCCUCUGCGGCUGUCCUCAGCACACACUGUGAAUGUUUUUUCAUAGCUGGAGACAGUCAGGGAUCUGAAACAACCGCUGGACCCUUCUCUUAGGAGAACGCGAGUGAAGAGGAUGAGGUGUGAGACGAUGCUGCAGCUCUGAACACUGGACUCCAGCCAAGCUGAGAGACAGUUUGUCUUUCUGAAGCACUGACCCAGUUACCUCCUCUUCAAGGUCACCUUCCUGUCUUCGGCCUUAGCAACAUCUCUCUCUCUCUUCUUGCUUGACUUUUUUUUAGCAUCUCUUGACAAAAGCUUCCUUUUUGCUCCCUCUAUCAGCUCGACGAUGAAGUUUUAUCACAGAGAAAGUAAAUAUGAUUGCUGAGCAUAAGGUCGGUGACAGAGUUAUUUUAUUGUAUUUAGCUGUUUCUUGAUUAACUUCUCUGUUUUUAUUUACGUUGUUGUUUUUAUUUGUGUGUGAGUGGCUAUGAACGAGACGUGGAUGCAGGAUGAAGCUCUUUUUCCAAACACCUCUACUUUUGUUUAUUUGUCUUUAGCUGAACAAUACAGACAAAUGCUUAAGUGGGUUUACUGGAGUUUACUGGUGCUGCGCCAGUGGCACCGACCCCAGUAGUACUAAAGCAAGCUACACAUCACCUGUAAUUAACACAUAUGCAGAAUAAAUACAACAUUCCCAAACAAGAUGCUAUGUUUUCUUUGUUCGUGCUCUGAAUCUGACAGGUGAUGUCAUCAGGAUCAGGAAGGAAGAGCUGUUCCAGGACAUAGAUCUUUACCUUUUUAAGAAGAUGAAUUUCGUUUUCAGACUUUAGUUUUUCUACAGAAAAAUAUUGUUUUACUUUUAAAUAGCAUGUGUCUGUAGAUCUGGUUAUAUUUGAGGAGAUGACUUCUCCAAAAGUUCUCUCUUCAAUUUUUUCUCCUCAGAUAUUUUAACACAUUUAUUUGGUUUUAGUUCUUUCUCUCGUAAUCCCAGAACAUCCGUGUUAGGUGAGUGAACUGACUGCAAGUCUGUGUUGCUCUUUCCUAUUUCUGUCAUCAUUCCAUAUUUGGCUGACUCCGUUGUCUUAGACGUCACUGGAGAGGUGAAAGCUUCUGCCUCUGACUGGUUAUGAAACUUGAACUCUGUCAUGAUGUUUUAUAGUUUUAGUUUGUCAAACUAAAAUGUAAUAAAAGGGCCAAAUGA